GUGCUCCAGUAAAAGUGUAUCUAUGCCUUGCAGUCGCCCCUCCCAGCUGAAGGCGCUCCCUGGUGGUCUUGUCUGUGACUUCAGGAAAACACCCCCUCCCAUACGGAAAAUCAUAAAGUGGGGGGAUCAAAUGUAGGGCAGGAGGAAUGAGAGGAUGGUCUGAAUCGAGAGAUGUUUUUAACAUAGCUGGCUGAUGAUUCAUUUUGAGUGUGCUGCAGUUUGAGCUUGCGGAUGCUGCGUGGGGACAGUCUCGUGCUGAGAUGCUAAUGACAGGCCAAACCUAUCAAGCAUCCUCCUGUAUCGUGGAUGGAGCCCAAAGCUAAAUAGCUGAAAGACAAUAAAUCGGAAAAGAGAGCCACAGGCCAGUUUGAUCCAGUCUGUAUAACGGGAACCGCACCGGCUGUGUGAGGAGGAGGAGCAGGGACAUGUUCUGAGCGGAGAGCCGGGUAGCGGCUGGCGGGAUGAAGGCGCCGAGGAGACCGAGGCAGACGCGGCUCCUCCCGCGGUUCUGCGUCUGUGGAGUCGGUCUGCUCGCAGCCGCCUGGAUCUUUAACUUCAACGAUGUUACAGGCUCCAGUGCAUCCACUGGGGAUCAGGAUAUCUCCUUGUCCAAGAAAGAGCUCUUGCAACAAGAAAAAGACAACAAUGAAAAUAACAGUAUUUCUAGAUCCGCUAUCAGUGAUUUUCCUGAAGACCUCUUCACUCUGAAGCAGAAGAGACAGGGAGCGGUAGUCCUUCAUGUUCUCUGUGCGAUCUACAUGUUUCAUGCACUGGCCAUCGUGUGUGAUGUUUACUUUGUGCCAUCACUGGAAAAAGUAUCAGAGAACCUUCAGCUGAGUCAGGAUGUUGCCGGGGCAACCUUCAUGGCAGCCGGGAGCUCCGCCCCCGAGCUCUUCACCUCUCUGAUUGGGGUGUUUAUCACAAAAGGAGACGUGGGUGUGGGAACUAUUGUGGGAUCAGCUGUCUUUAACAUCCUGGUCAUCAUCGGCCUCUGUGGCAUCUUCUCUGGACAGACCAUCUCUCUGAGCUGGUGGCCUUUGUUUCGUGAUGCUGCCUUCUACAUCCUGUCCAUACUGGUGCUUAUCCUGGUGAUCUAUGAUGAAAAAGUCAUGUGGUGGGAGACCAUCAUCCUGAUCUCUAUGUACGGAAUCUACAUAAUCAUCAUGAAGUUCAACAGAUCUCUGCGCAGCCUGACGGAGAGACACUGCAGCAGGGCAGGUCAGCCGUGGCUGAGCCGCCUGCGACGUACGACCGCUGUCGGAAACGCCGGAGACUGCGACAACGACAUGGUGCCGUUGAAGCCAGAUUCAUGUUCGGUGGCCGGCCAGGACUCAGGGGUGGUGAUGGUGGAUGAGCUGCUGAACCUGCACCCCCACCAGCUCUCCUUCUCAGAGGCAAGCCUCCGCCUUCUCAUCACCCUACAUUUCCCCCCCCUCACCCGCUUGCGUAUGGCAGGAUGCAUGGUCAUCAACGAGAGGCAGAGGCUGAUUCGGGCCCGGGGUGGCCCAGAGGAAGGGGGUGCUUCGGGCGAGGAAGGUUUGGGUGCUAACGGGUCAUGGGGGAGGGAGAACGGGACGGUGGCCGAGGGAGACAAGCAGCCACUGGAGGGAGAGAGGGAGAGGGGUAAAGAGACGGGGGGAGAGACAGGUGGGGUAGCACAUCCUAAAGAGGAAGAGGAAGAGGAGGAAGAGCAGGAGGAAGGAGAGGAGGAGAAUAUUCCUUUCAAACCCUUCACCCUGCCACGUGGUUGGUGUGUGCGUCUGAAGUGGCUGCUCUCUUGGCCCGUGAGCGUCCUACUUUACUUCUCCAUCCCCGACUGUAACCUGCCGCGGUGGGAGCGCUGGUACCUUCUCACCUUCCUGUCCUCCACCCUCUGGAUAGCCCUAUUCUCGUACCUCAUGGUCUGGAUGGUUACCAUAAUCAGCUACACACUUGGUAUCCCAGAAGUCAUCAUGGGCAUUACUUUUCUGGCAGCCGGCACCAGCGUCCCUGACUGCAUGGCCAGCCUCAUCGUUGCCCGACAAGGGAUGGGUGACAUGGCUGUUUCCAACUCCAUAGGCAGUAAUAUCUUUGAUGUGCUUCUGGGCCUGGGCUUCCCCUGGGCGCUGAGGACUCUCAUUGUCAGCUACGGAUCAGUGGUGACAAUUAACAGCAGAGGCCUGGUGUACUCAGUGAUUCUUCUGUUGGCCUCAGUCAUACUCACUGUCCUGUGUGUCCACCUGAACUGCUGGAGGUUGGACCGCAGACUGGGACUCUGUCUCAUACUGCUCUACGCCAUCUUCCUCCUCUGCUCCAUUGGCUUUGAGAGUUUGUAGAGGACAUUCACGCUCCCUGUACAUGUGCACGCAGAGUCAUGGUCCGACUUGUUUUCCACAUUCAGUGCUGCCGUUAUUCAUUAAAUACACAGUCAGAUGAAUUUUCACUUUAAGAGUGGCUGUACACGUUUAAGCAGCGUUGACUUCAACACCGGCUGCCUGAAAGCUACAUUGUUUACCUUUGAUAAACGAGUAUUUUACAUAGUUUUGUACCGAGCACCUCCAGCCCAGGUUUUUGUGAAAUCAGACCCAACAAAUUUAUAAAGUUUUGAAUUUGUAUUCUGAAACAAAAAAUAUUGUCUAUAUAAGGAAUCCUGAAGUUGGUUCAUUUACUUAUUAAUACUUAAUGACUGCCACGAGUAACAUCGAUGACCAGAUGAUUACACAUGUAAGAAUAUAUAUUAUAUUAUUAUAUAUUAUACAAGAUAUUAUUAUCAUAAAUAGCUUUUCAUCGUGUGAAGUUAUUUUUACGUACAAUUUUUUGUUGAGUUUUCAUCACACCUUUGUAUCUGUAGUUGUAAACAGCAAAGCAUGGCUGAUCAUCACGCUGCAGUUAAUUGCACUGAGCCACUGUUGUCUUGGCCUUGUACAUAACGUAACCCCCCCCCCUCUCUUUCCUCCAAGCUUCUCAGCACAGAGGGGGUGUUUUUGUGCUGGAGUAAGGUGACUGUAUGCUGCAAGGUGUUUUUGAAUGUCUGUGUUUGGAGAGAGACGUUGAGUGUGUGUUAAGUUCAAUAAAAUGUUUUGUUCUGUGAA